AGCGAGCGUUGUCACGUGACAUGUUGAGCGUACACGAAGCGGGCAGCGGCAGCUCCGUCCACACUACGUGCCCACAAAGUCACUGAGCAAGGAGCCAGCUGUGUGCAGCGAUGCGGACCUAGUGCUGUGCACUGGCUGCUGUGCCGGCGGGAUGGGGAGCUUUGACUACUUGUUUAAGGUGCUUGUUGUUGGGGAUUCUACGGUUGGGAAAACCUCUUUGUUAAACAGGUACGUCCAUGACGUAUUUGGCAAGGAUUACAAAAUGACCAUGGGAGUGGAUUUUGCAUUGAAGGUUGUCCAGUGGUCAGAUACAGAAAUGGUCCGGCUUCAGCUAUGGGAUAUUGCAGGUCAAGAGAGAUUUACAUCUAUGACCAGACUUUAUUAUAAACAGGCUUCUGCUUGCAUAAUAAUGUUUGACCUCACCAAUGCUGACUCUUUCCGAAGUUGUCAAAUGUGGAAAAGUGACCUGGACAGUAAGGUGACACUACCAAAUGGUGAAUCUGUGCCGUGUAUAUUACUGGCAAAUAAGUGUGAUCUUUCACAGUGGGCAGUAACCAAAGAGCAGAUUGAUAAAUUCAGUAAGGAAAAUAAUUUUAUUGGAUGGACAGAGACCUCUGUUAAGGAAAAUAAAAACAUCAAUGAAUCAAUGAGGACCGCCGUCGGCUGUUUCCUGCGGUCACGUGGCUUCUCCCCGUUCUCCUCUGUGCUGAUUCAUUCACACGUGUUGUUUACUUUAGGAGAGUUGUUCCACUCCCCUCUUUUCUGGUUCAGCUGCACCACGUGGUCGCCGCUUACCACCACGGAGCGUCCCUGGCAACCAGCUCCUCCGCUUUUGCCUCUCUCUAGAUCGGAGCUACACGUGGCCUGACAGUUUUAAACAUACUAUGUUUUUAUGUUUAAAUUAUGACAAGCCUCGCUCUUGUGCAGUACUGCCAGUGCACGGGAGCGGGCUUGCUUUGACCUCUAGUCCUUGCUUCAUAGCUCUUGUUUUUAAGUGAAAACGCAUUGCAAUUUCUAUUAAAUGCAUGUAUCUUCUUGUCUAUAUAAUCUGCUACCUAUAAUUCAUUCAUUGUUUUAUUUUUAUUAUUGCAUUAUUUUGUUUUAAUUGUGAUCCCUCCCACCACUUGUACUUCCUUGUUAUAUUGUAUAUAAAGCACCUUGCAAUGCUAUACUGUGUGCCAUUCUGAGGAAGGAAGUAUGAUCCUCCAAAACGCGUCUGUUUGGUAUUUUUAAAUAAAUAUAGCACUUCCUAGCACUGUCAUCUUGAUCUGGCUUCCACCUGAUUCUUCUGAUGUUCUGAACAGCGCCUUCUGACAAGGUUUAUUUCCCUGUACUCUGCAUACUCUUUCCUUUCGGCAGUGUGACUCCCUUUUUUUGUUUUUCCGGAAGGUCGUUGUACAGGACAACAUGCUUCUACGGCCACCAUUUUUCGGUGGAUCCGGUCUGCUAUUUCGGAAGCAUAUUGCUGCAAGGGGAAAAUCCCACCCUUCAGGGUUUUGGCUCAUUCCACCCGUUUUUCGGGGCAUCCUGGGCACUCCGCUACGUGGCUUCGGCCUCACAGUUCUGUAAAGCGUCCACGACAGUCGUCUUUGCACACUUUCACAAGGUCCUACCAGAUUCAUACCUUUGCAUCAGCUGAUGCUCCUCUGGGCCGUAAGGCGUUGCAGGUGGCGGUUGUCCAGCUGUCCGCCUGACUGAUUUCUUUACCCACCCAAGGGACGGCUUUGGCACGUCCCAUGGUCUGUGUCCCCCAAUGAAGCCGAUAGAGAAAAGGCGAUUUUUAUGCUUGCCGUAAAAUCUUUCUCGAAGGAUCCUUUGGGGGACACAACUCCCACCCUUUUUCUGGUGUUCCUAUUUCAGAGAUCUGUCCAAGGGUGUGUUCAGUUAUCUUUUUCUUCUGGUUGCUCGGACAGUUUGUGGUUUUUCUCUUUAUCUGUCUGUCUUCUCCUAUUGCUCUGGGACUAAAACUGAUUACCUCAGGUGCCUGUGGGCGGGUAUACCCUGCUGGGAGGAGCAGACUUUUCUUGUUGCCAUAGUGUCAAGCCUCCUAGAGACAGCAGCAUAUACCCAUGGUCUGUGUCCCCCAAUGGAUCCUUCGAGAAAGAGAGAGAUUUUACAAUAAGCAUAAAAAUCUUCCUUUUUUUCACGGAUCAGUUCAGUUUUGAAGUUGAUUUGAAGGGCCUCAUAUUAGAAAUACCCCAUAAAUGAC